AUGAGGUCGCGGAAGUCGCGAAGUCCGAAUCGAUCAAAGCUGGGAAAAUCAAGUAGCCUUCCGAACGUGACGAAGGCAUAUGUGGCGCCUUUGCAGCUGUGUUCUGUGGACCUCCAUGCACGUAGUUUCUCCAUCAAGGACAUCAAGAAGGGUGCGGUCGCUGGCAGAGGGAGCCAGAGGCUGCCCUUCAUGGCCUUCGAGCGAGGUGUGGAGUGGGAGCGACCGGGAGCCAAAGCAACGCUACCUCCCCCCAAGCUGCCCUCACUGAAUCGAAUUGUGUCCUCCAUCAAGAGCAUGAAUUUCUCAGACCAAAGCCUGUCGGUAAUGAGCAGCGGGAGUCUGCGCUCGAAUCCGGCAUUCGGUGGCUCUGGGCCUUACCGAGGAGGCCCACGGCUGCCUGUGAAGCAUAGCAAGAGAAGGUUGCAGAAUCUGUUGAAGCCUCUUCCAAGACGCGGCAAGUCCCCGCGGCCAAACUCCUCGAAGACGAGGAAGCGGGCUGGAUGGGCAGGCUUAGAAACCCACGAGUUCCGAGUAGACACUUCAGACCUUCUCGACGACGAGCCCGAGGUGCCAAAGGAGACCGAGAGUUCACAUGAAACAAGCUCCAGGUCCAGCGACUCUGACUCCUCAUCUCUGACAUCAGACUCUUCAAGCGAUUCCUCGAGCGAUCUUGGUGAUGACAGCGAUGACGAAGAAGCUCGGCGGCUGUCUCUGAAUAAGCGGGGGUCAGGACUCACUCGUCGGAUGUCGGCAUUCGCAAUGAUGCUUCCCUUGCUUGACUCGAACAAUCAGCCUGUUCGCCGAUCUUCAGUGGCAGAGGCCUUUCUCCAAAACUUGGAAACCGAUGCAGACGAGGACAAUGCUGAAGAACUGGACUUUCCUUGGAGUGAUGAAGAGUGCCGCAGCGUCUUUAUCAAGUUUGACACAGACACAGAUGGAGAGGUGGCCACGGAAGAGUUGGAACUGAUGCUGAAAUACAUGGGCUGUAUCCUCAGACCAGGGGAGAUUGAGAAGCUCGUGAAAGAUAUGUUCAGCUACGCCACGGUCAGUUGGGAGGAGUGGAUGCAAUUUUUGGAAAGAUAUCGAGAGGUGGACGUGGAGUACUUGAGGGCAGAAUUUGGGGCCGCGGAUUCGGACGGGAACGGCGUCCUAGACAUCUCCGAACUGCGAGCACUUCUUAACAAGUUGGGCUACAUCACGGAGGCACACACCGUGCAAGAGGCUAUGGACACGAUUGGCUGCGGGGCCUCCGGGACCGUCAGCCUCCGCAAGUUCGAGAGAUUGCGGGAGCAUUUGCGGUGUACCGAAGGCUUGGCCAAGGAUGAUGUCACCGAGCUACGUGUGGUCUACGACCGCAUGGCAAAAACAGCUAAGGCCCAAAACAGAUCGCGGCGGGUGGACAUCGGUGCUGGGAGCCAGAGCGACAUCGCAAAGAAGCUCAUAGCGGAGACACAAGAAAUGCCCGUGGAGGAUGUGUCCCGCCUUGUCGAGUACUUGGGGUACAGCAUCGGCAGAGACAAGCUUGAGGCCAUUGCCAAGGAGGUAGAUAACGAUGACAGCGGCUACAUCAGCUUCCAGGAGUUGCUGAAGCUGAUUCGCCGGGUCAGGGAUGCAGAGAGGGAAGCAAUAGCCUCUGUCUAUGAACUUCUGGCCGAAGAUGGCCAAAUGCUGUCACUGCAAGAUCUGCCACGUGCACUUGUGGAACUGAGGUAUUUUGCAACAGACGACCUCAUCUUUAGCAUUCUUGAUGAGCAGUACCCGCUGGACAACCACACGCACAUGAGUCAGGAUCAUAUAGCGUCCUUCCUCCGCGAGUUCCGCGAGAAGGAAGGCCUUACACAGCAAGAAACAGCAGACAUCCGCGAGGCAUUUGACCAUCAGUGCAAGGUGACAUCACAACGGAAGUUCGUGCAGCAACUUGAAGAUCCAAGCGUGACUAGCCCAAAGGGCUCUGCACCUCCAAAAGAAGGAGCAACAAAGCUCCGACCUGGAACCCAGAAAGUUAGCAUGCUGAGUCCAGUAGCUUCUCCCAAGGCUGCUUCUCCGCGGCCGAACAGUCCUUUCAACUUCGAAAGCGCACUCAUCGAACAGGCGCUCGACCCGCUGCAAGCGAGCCGGGUGAUGCGAUGGUUCAGCUUCGUGAAGCCUUGGCAGGAGGUGAAAGAGCUGGUUGAGCAGUUUGAUCUAGAUGGCACUGGCAAGCUCGAAUUCGAGGGGUGGCUUGGUCAAGAAAAGCCGGGGCUCAUCUAUUUCAGGGUGAUGUAUGCGGGUUUCUUCCUGGUGACUUGGCUUGACAUAGAGUUAGAGCAGUGCCUUGAGGUAGUGCGGGAAGAGCGCGAGAAGCAGUGGAACGUCUUUGUCAUGCUAGAUAACAGAGGCAACGGCCAUGCCGGGGGCCAAGCGAGGGCAGUGCCUGUCUCAAAGCUGCCGUAUGCCCUCUCGAAGCUUGGCAGCAGCUCUCCGAAGCUCUACGACGACACUAGCAACGGCAUGACAAAGAAGGGGGAGCAAGCUGCACGCAUGGCUGGCUUCUCCCUCUUAGACACGAAGAAUGCUGUGUCACGAUCCGCUUUCGAGCUUUUCUGUAGAAACUUCCGCAAGUUGCUGAUCCAUGAGAUCCGGCUGAACGCGUGCUACAAUUCAAGCGAGGUGGUGGCGCUGCGUGACUGCUUCAAUCGGUUUGACAAGGACAAGAGUGGCACUGUGGAAAACAGAGAGCUUGCAAAGAUCAUUGCCGAGUACUUCCCUGAGGCUACGAAGUCCAAGGAAGGCCGCGCAGAGGUGCAGAUCAUCCUGAAGGAUGUGGAUCAGGACGGCAGUGGCCGGCUGGAGUUCAGAACCCUUCUGGUCCUGAUGCGCAGAUGUGAUGACAUCCGGGAUGAGAAGGAUCUGCACAUGGAGCUGCAGGUCAUUGAGGACCUGGGCUUGGACUUUGAAGAAGUGGAGGGCUUCAGGCAGAUUUUCGACCUGCACUCGAAUUGGGUAAAGGAGCUCACCUUCGAAUCCCUCCUCGGCAUCAUCAGCCGCAUCGCUGACAUGAGUGAGGAUGACGUUAGCCAUUUGAGUGCCAUGGUGAGGGAGGUGCACCCAGAGCGCCGGCUUCUGCUCAGAUUUCCUCAUUUUUUGCAAGUGAUGCGCCGCCUCACGGACGAGAACACUGGCAACAUCAACCAUGCAUGCUCGCGGGUUCUCAAGAAGCAGCCGCUUUGCGAAGAAUUUCGGUUUGGGUCGAAGGACGGUCAAUCCGAACGAUUCACUCGCCUCUUGCUAACGAACCCAUGGGAGCUGCGCAAGAAGGAAGAAGCAUUGGAAACCCUGGAGGCGCAGGAUGAGGUGCAAUUCGAAAGGCGCAGAAGCUCGGGCAAUGAGGCAACUGCGGAGCCAGUAGAGUUCCACAGCAUGGCUGAUGAGGCCAGCCUCCGGCCCAGAACAAGCUCCUCCAGUGCGGGGCCAGAGACGCUCCAAGAUCCAGAGUUGAGUAAAGUGCGUCCGGCUGUGGUGUCCCAUGUGUCGGACGAGACUUCGGUGGUCCCCAUGCCUGCUGACGAACAGGAGGAUGAGGAUGUGGAGGCGGACGAGAUGUGGGACAUGGAUUGGACUGCUGUCACUGGCCGCACCGCCACAGGUAGCGCUGCCGCAUCCUCUUUGUCUUACGAGCCACCUUCCAGAGGUGUUGGACCUCAUGACGCAGAGCAUCAGAUGCUGCAGCAGAAGAUGGAGGAGAAGCGUUUGCUCGCUGAAUUCCACAGCGGGGAGGACCAUAUGUCCCUGGAGCGGCCAGGCUUUGACAAAGGGCCCUGGCCUGGGGUCCACCCUGACAUUGCAGCAAAGUUGGAGGCCAGGAAGCAAGCAAUGGACCACACGGAGCAGGUUCCGCAGCCCCCAAGUACUGACGCUGAACUCUGA